UGUAGUAGUAGCCAAGUCCACAACAGGCAAAGACCGCAUGAUCUUCGCUGUGCUCAGUGUUGCUAUGUGAAGCUUGACGGAAGGUCACACACACUCGUCGACUUGUACAGAAUUUGAGAAGACGCAGUUGGUGAAAGCAUAGGGUUGGAUUGUAGAUAGGAUACCAGACUUUAACUUGCAAGGAAAAAGGACUGUUGAAGAAGCAUCCCAAACUGCUGGGCUUUAGUGGGAGGGAGCAAGGAAUGGUGGAUCACUUGCUUUCCAGAGAAGAGACCUCCCUUCCUUUCUCUCGUUCCCCACCAGGCUACAGCCACUUAGCUAUGGUUACAGACGAGGGCGUCUAUCACAUGCUGCCCUCGCCGUUCUCCGAGGACGACCUGAGCGACACCUCCAGCCCUCGCUCCUGCUCCAGCCCCGAGUCCCAGGCGCUGGGCUCCAGCUACGGCAGCAGAAGCGGCAGCAGCAGCUCCAGCUCCGGCGGCGAGAGCAGCCAGGACGGGCUCCUGGACUUCCUGCUCACGCAGGCCUCUCAGAACCUCCUGAGCAGAACCUCCUCUUCCGCCGGCGGCGGCACCCCCAGCACGGUGCCGCCCCUCCUGCCCAUGGGGCUCGCCUGGGAGUCAUCGCGGCGGGAGCGGACGACGACGGCCAAAGAGGAGACCUUCGACUUCCCGGUGUUCCCGGCCGAUCUGGAGGACCAUGCCCGGCUGCUGUUCCAGCCGACGCUGGAGGAGAUCGAGGAGUUCCUGGAGGAGAACAUGGAGGUGGUGGCUCUCAAGCAGGAGGCCGGCGACGGGACGUUGCUCGAGGGUAUAGAGCACCUCCUUGGCUGUGAGGCUUUUGCACAGAACUCAGACCAAACUGUCCCCGCCAGCGGCGAUGUGAUCAUCGUUGACGCUAACGGUGAGAACGCAGAGCUCACGACGGGUUCCUCCGCGAGCGCCGUGUCGGGUGUUAAAAAGGACGACGCCUCCGGCAAGUCCGCAGCGACGGACGGGACAAGCGUGCCGGUCAUUCUACAAAUACAGCCCAUCCAGAUCAAACAGGAGCAGAGCCAGAACGGAGCUCCGACAUCACACCCCACGGCGUCAGCCUCGGACAUCAAAAUUGCCCAACUCCUGGUCAACAUCCAGGGUCAGACUUUCGCCCUGGUUCCUCAGGUGCCGCCGCCAGCUAAUCGCAACAGCGCCUCCUCAAAGUUUGUCCGCAUCGCCCCGGUUCCCAUCGCAGCGAAGCCCAUGGGGCUGGCAGAGGGAGGCAUGGCUGGUUCCCAGGGCACGGGCCUCCUAGUCGGGGGCCAGAAGUUCCAGAAGAGCUCUGUGGCAGACCUCAUCAAAAUGCACAAAUGCACCUUCCCAGGCUGUGCCAAGAUGUACACCAAAAGCAGCCACCUGAAGGCACACCUCCGGAGGCACACUGGAGAGAAGCCUUUCGCCUGCACCUGGCCAGGAUGUGGUUGGAGGUUCUCAAGGUCGGACGAGCUCUCGCGACACCGACGCUCGCACUCAGGAGUCAAGCCAUACCAGUGUUCCGUCUGCGAGAAGAAGUUUGCCCGCAGCGAUCACCUGUCCAAACACAUCAAAGUCCAUCGCUUUCCACGAAGCAGCAGGACAGUGCGCUCUGCAAACUGACCCCAGACAACCCCCUCGGCUUGGACUGGG